AUGAUGCGACUAAUAACGUGUACGGAAAAUGGGGUCAAUGGUUCAACGAAAGCAUGCGUUCGUCUGUUAGACAAUACCACUCUACUCCAUGAGAUUAGGCUGAGAUGGAAAUCGCUAGAACUAUUGUGUGAACCGGAGACGACUCUCUUCACACGCGACUCAAUAUACAACGUCAUCGACAGUAAAAGAUGUCCGCACGUUGGGUCAUGUAAAGGAGACAAAUGCGGCAUAAUCAAUUCGUCCACCCUCAUUCCGGAACUGGAGCAGGGUAACCGCUACCCAGGAAACACAGCAUGCGUGGAAUCAUGUGGAGGACCGGGAUGUGAUUGCUUCUUCAUCAGCUCCGGAUGUCUCUUUUACAGAAUCUACAUGGUACCCAUCGAUGAAAAAGUCUACGAAAUCUUUCACUGCAAUAGAUGGAGAGAAGCUGCCAAUAUAGAAAUUACGCACUUCGACGGCAUUAAGCGGGAGACAUCGUCAACAAUAACUGAGAAACUGAUUCCCAAUAUCCCCAAGAAAUGGAAGUCUCUCACUUUCACGCCUACUUCCCGUCAUUCACCAAUCUCGAAACGCUUCAAGCACUCCCUUUAUAUCCGACUCCACUCGGAUAUCACUAUGGAAGGACAACACCUUGCCACCCCUGCAAUGCUCCACAAAUGA